CGUGAUGAUAGCACAGCUUGCGCGAUGGCUCUACUAGAAUAAUAAAAGAUCAAGGACGGGCAGCGACCCAAGUCUUGGCAGCUCAAGGUCGCUCUCUCCGUCGUCAUCUUCGACAAGCAUACCUAUCUUGCUCGACUUUUGAUCAUCAACAUCUCUCUCGCACACACACACACACACACAUACUCAACAUGCCGCCACCACCACCGCCAAAGAAACCGACCGAGCCUCAGGGAAAGAACGAACGCAACGAAUACAUUCCCUCAUUCAUUUCCAAAAAGCCCUUUUACAUUGACGACGCAACCGCCUCGCAAGAAGAUUACCUCGAACAUCAACGUCUCCAAGGCCAAAAGGAUGAAUCUCUCGCAACCCAGAAAUGGUAUACUCGUGGUCAACGCGCUGGCGCAGCCACUGCGACAAAAUACCGUAAAGGCGCCUGUGAGAAUUGUGGCGCCAUGGGACAUCAAAAGAAGGAUUGUCUGUACCGACAGAGGAAGAUUGGCGCAAAGUUCACAGGCAGUGAUAUCAAAGCAGACGAGAAUGGACAGGAUAUCAAUAUGGGAUGGGAAGCCAAGAGGGAUCGCUGGAGUGGUUAUGAUGCCCGCGCGUAUCAAGAAGUCGUCGACGAAUACAACGACCUCCAAGCCAUCAAGGACGCCAAACGCAAAGCUUCCGCCCUCCCAGAAGAAGACGAAGACGACGAAACCACUGCAAAGAUAGCAGACGGAGACAAAUACGAGGAAGAAACAGACAUGGGUCGCAAACAACCAAAUUCAUCCCGCAACCUCCGUCUCCGCGAAGACACAGCAGGCUACCUCAAGAACCUCGACCUCGAAUCCGCAAAAUACGAUCCGAAAACCCGCACUCUAAUCGACGAUGCAGAAGGGGAAUUCGAACGUGCUUCUGGAGACGCUGCGGAAUUCGCGCGAGCACAGCGCUACGCCUGGGAAACGGCAGAAAGUAAUGGAAGCAACAAUGUGCACCUGCAAGCAAACCCCACAGCGGGCGAACACUACCGCAAAAAAGAAGCAGAGGAAUCAGCAGCGAAAAAGGAAGCACACAGAAAAGCCCUACUGGACAAAUACGGCGGUCAAGAACAUCUCGCCCUGAACCCUCUAAAACACACGGCAAUAAUCGAAAACGAAAAAUUCAUCGAAUACGACGAAAGAGGCAGAAUAAAAGGCGCUCCCAAACAAAAGGAAAAAAGCAUGUAUACCGAAGACGUCACAUUUGGGAACCACACUGCAGUCUUUGGGUCUUGGUGGAAGAACUUUGAAUGGGGUUACGCAUGCUGUCAUUCCACCAUGAAAAACAGUUAUUGUGUAGGAGAAGCUGGCAAAACCGCUUCUUCAAAUGCUUCGAAACUCUCCACUGGUGCUUUACUCGAGGAUCCCUCGACACUAGAGUCCAAAGCAACAGAAGUGCCAAAAUCAAUAGCGUGGAAAGAGGAAGAGAAGAACGAAACACACGUUCCAAACGCCCCCGAUCGACCGGAAAAGAUGAAAUCAGACCAAAUCAUCAACAGCAGUCUAGAAGACAAGAAGAGAAAAUUGGAUGAAAUGAGAGAUGGAGUCACAGAGCAGGAAAUGGAUGAUUAUCGAAAAAGGAGAAAUGCGGGUAAUGAUCCAAUGGCUGCUUUGUUGGGUAAAGAUGAAUUACUCGAGUAAAAAGGAUAAGAGAGCUCAAGUCAAUAUGUUCAAAAGCCUAUAUUUACAGGGGAAAUUUCAUCAAAUAAUGAAAUGCUGCUCUUUUGCGUAAAGAAAAAGUGCUAGAGCUUACAACUAUGAGAAUGAGACAUGGCGC